CUCGCAGUACCGUGAUCCCUCGCGCAUGCGCAGUGGCAGUGUGGCGGUCCGCAGUGUGGUUCCGGUAGCUGGAUUCGGUAGCUGGUUCCGGGCUUGCUGUCAGUCGGGAAGAUGUCGGGCGGUCCGGCCGUGCGGAUCAGUAUCGAGUCGUCGUGCGAGAAGCAGGUCCAGGAGGUGGGGCUGGAUGGGUCCGAGACCUAUGUGCAGCCUCUGUCCAUGUCCCAGAACCUGGCCCGCCUGGCACAGCGCAUCGACUUCAGCCAGGACUCCGGGGACGAGGAGGGGGCGGCGGGCGGCUCCCGGGAGCACGACUGGGGCGAGCAGGAGGAAGAGGAGGGUGAGUGGGGAUGGGGAACAUGGGGAGCCUGGGGAACACGGGGAGCCUGGGGAACACGGGGAGCCUGGGGAACACGGGGAGCCUGGGGAACACGGGGAGCCUUGGAACAAGGGGAACAUGGGGAGCCUGGGGAACACGGGAAACACGGGGAGCCUGGGGAACACGGGAAACACGGGAAACACGGGGAGCCUGGGGAACACGGGAAACACGGGGAGCCUGGGGAACACGGGGAGCCUGGGGAGCCUGGGGGACAUGGCGAGCCUGGGGAACAUGGAGAACACGGGGAGCCUGGGGAACACGGGGAGCCUGGGGAACACGGGGAACAUGGCUUCAUUCAUCCAUAGCCAUCACAAUACUGGGAUACAGACUGACUGGCCGCCAGUAAUACAGACUGACUGGCCGCCAGUAAUACAGACUGACUGGCCGCCAGUAAUACAGACUGACUGGCAGCCAGUAAUACAGACUGACUGGCCGCCAGUAAUACAGACUGACUGGCCGCCAGUAAUACAGACUGACUGGCCGCCAGUAAUACAGACUGACUGGCCGCCAGUAAUACAGACUGACUGGCCGCCAGUAAUACAGACUGACUGGCCGCCAGUAAUACAGACUGACUGGCCGCCAGUAAUACAGACUGACUGGCCGCCAGUAAUACAGACUGACUGGCCGCCAGUCAUACUCACUAGCCAUCAGUGAUAGAGACCAGCCACCAGUCAUACUCACUAGUCUGAAGUCAUUCACACUCUCCAUCAGUCAUACAGAUUGGUCACAAGUCAUUCACACUCUCCAUCAGUCAUACAGACUGGCCACAAGUCAUUCACGCUCUCCAUCUGUCAUACAGAUUGGCCACAAGUCAUUCACGCUCUCCAUCAGUCAUACAGACUGGCCACAAGUCAUUCACGCUCUCCAUCUGUCAUACAGACUGGCCACAAGUCAUUCACGCUCUCCAUCUGUAAUACAGACUGGCCACAAGUCAUUCACGCUCUCCAUCUGUAAUACAGACUGGCCACAAGUCAUUCACGCUCUCCAUCUGUAAUACAGACUGGCCGCAAGUCAUUCACGCUCUCCAUCUGUAAUACAGACUGGCCGCAAGUCAUUCACGCUCUCCAUCUGUAAUACAGACUGGCCGCAAGUCAUUCACGCUCUCCAUCUGUAAUACAGACUGGCCGCAAGUCAUUCACGCUCUCCAUCUGUAAUACAGACUGACAGCAAGUCAUUCACGCUCUCCAUCUGUAAUACAGACUGGCCGCAAGUCAUUCACGCUCUCCAUCUGUAAUACAGACUGGCCGCAAGUCAUUCACGCUCUCCAUCUGUAAUACAGACUGGCUGCAAGUCAUUCACGCUCUCCAUCUGUAAUACAGACUGGCUGCAAGUCAUUCACACUCUCCAUCAGUCAUACAGACCGCCCUUAAGUCAUUCACACUCUCCAUCAGUAAUACAGACCGGCCACAAGUCAUUCAAACUCUCCAUAAUUAAUAUAGACUGGCCACAAGUCAUUCACACUCUCCAUCAGUAAUACAGACCGGCCACAAGUCAUUCACACUCUCCAUCAGUAAUACAGACCACCCACAAGUCAUUCACACUCUCCAUCAGUAAUACAAACAGGCCACAAGUCAUUCACACUCUCCAUCAGUAAUACAGGCCAGGCAGUAGUAAAACACACUGGCUACCAGAAACACAGACUAGCCAUCAAUUUAAAUACGUAAAAUUUCCAUUUUCUGCAGGAGCAGUGAAGUUCCAACCCUCGCUGUGGCCGUGGGACUCUGUAAGAAACAAUUUACGAAAUGCCCUUACUGAAAUGUGUGUCCUACAUGAUGUUUUGACCAUUGUAAAGGAGAAGCGUUACAUGCACCUAGAUCCUGUCUCUCAAGAAGCACCAGCAGCAAAACAGGUGAUUUUAUUAUUUGUUUACAAGAUAAUCUUCAGAGUACAGUCAUGAAUUAUGGUUUAACAAGAUAAAGUGACUCUGUUUUGUAUGAAUUGCGAUUCAUUGACUUUACAUGUAGGGGCCUUGCUACAUCCAUGCCAUCACCUGCCUAACUCUAACGUGAAAAAUAUAUACUUUCAAAGUCCGCAACAUUUAUCAAAUCUGGCAUCAUGAGGUGGCACAUCAUAGUGCUAGCAGAAAAUUAGGAAAGGAAUGUGAUGUGGCGUCAUGUUUUAUAUUCACAUGAUGUAAAACCGGACUCUACAAAUCCUUGCUCCCCCAGGAUGCUAUGGUGACUAGAAAUGUUGUCCUGGCGCCUGGGUAUUUGUCAACCCAUUCAGCAGAGAUGGCUCGUUGAAGGUGAAUGCAAACGGAAGGCAAGGGAGCAUGGAAGCCAUUGGCUGAUGGACAAUGCAGGUAGCCUGCUGGGGGUGGAGGCAGCCUGCUGAGGUUGAAUGCAGGCGGUGGCAAGCUAUGCAGGAGGAAGGCAAGGGAACGUGGAGGCAGCCCGCUGAGGUUGAAUGCAGGCGGUGGCAAGCUAUGGAGGAGGUUGGCAAGGGAACGUGGAGGCAGCCCGCUGAGGUUGAAUGCAGGCAGCGAGGGAGGGAGCUGUAAUCUUCCUACUCUCCUUGCUCUGCUCCCUUGCGCUGCCUGCGAUGAUGCCUGGACAUGACAUCUGAGCAAGGAUAGCUUGAAGAGUACAGCAGCUCCACUGGAACCCGGGGAAAGGAUCCAUUCCAGCUCUCCCAAACGUAGGGAGGCUGGGUGGACUUAAAUUGAAUAAAAUAAUAAUUUUGUGAGUGUGUGAGAAAAUGUGUGUGUCUGUCAAUAUGUGUGUGUGCCUGUCUGUCAGUGAGUGUCUCUUUAGGUUACCACCACCAUGCGAUCGUAUGGGAAAGGUGUUUUUACUAACCGUUUUUCCCACGCCCUGCCGGUCUCGCUUUGGCUGGCCCCACCUCAAUAAUCAAUUUUGAUUAUUUUAGCUAAGCCAAUGCUUUCCAUUAGGAAAGCAUUGAGAAGCUGUUGUGCAUGCGCUAAUCAGCAUCUCCUCUUAGAGAUGCAUUGACUAAAUGCAUCUCUAUGGGGAACAUUCAGCACCUCCAUGCAGAGUGUGGAGAUGCUGAAUGUAGCACUGGACUAGGUAUCACCUCUAGAGGCCAUCUGAGUGACUGACACUAGUGGUGCUACUAGGCAGCAAUGUAAACACUGCAUUUUAUCUGAAAAGGCAGUGUUCACAUUGAGAGGCCUGCAGUUACAGGAUAUAGACACCAAAACCACUACACUAAGCUGUAGUUGUUCUGGUGACUAUAGUGUCCCUUUAAGAAUUGUGUUUUUCUCGUUGAAAAUUAAGCUUGUUUAAAAAAAAAACCUGCCUCCUAGAUUCCAAGCAAAUUUGUCAAACCCUGAUGUAAAGUGCUUGUGCUUUUAAGGAACAAACAAAAAACUCCACACUCAUGAGUCUAAUUUCCAAUAGGCAGUGUUGAUUCAUCUACCUAGAAAUGAACUACACACUACAGCGUGCUUUUUUAAAGGCACUAAAUCAACAUCAGCUUGAUGAAACCGUUUUAGUGUGUAAAUCAUGCACCUCCAGUCUCACUGCUCAAUUCUUUACCCUGGAGCCUCCUGUGUUUGCUUAACCCCUUAAGGACACAUGACAUGUGUGACAUGUCAUGAUUCCUUUUAUUCCCUUUUAUUUUAUUUUUUUGCAAAAUUGACAUACAGGAGUGAGGUACCCCAAUGGCAUUCCUCGUGCUUUAGCGAAACAUCUGUAACAGUGGGGUAUUCCUAAGUACUUGCACAAAUUUUAUUCUUAAAUAACAGAUUAAAGGACCACUCUAGGCACCCAGACCACUUCAGCUUAAUGAAGUGGUCUGGGUGCCAGGUCCCUCUAGGAUUAACCCUUUUUUAAAUAAACAUAGCAGUUUCAGAGAAACUGCUAUGUUUAUAAAUGGGUUAAUCCAGCCUCUAAAGCCUCUACUGGCUGUCUCAUUGACAGCCGCUAGAGGCGUUUGUGUGCUUCUCACUGUGUAAAUCACAGUGAGAAGACGCCAGCGUCCAUAGGAAAGCAUUAUGAAUGCUUUCCUAUGAGACUGGCUGAAUGCGCGCGCAGCUCCUGCCGCGCAUGCGCAUUCAGCCGAAGAGGAGGAUCGGAGGCGGAGCGGAGAGCUCCCCACCCGGCGCUGGCAAAAGGGUAAGUUUAACCCCUUUCCUUGCCAUCCAGUCCGGCGGGAGUGGGACCCUGAGGGUGGGGGCACCCUCAGGGCACUUUAGUGCCAGGAAAACGAGUAUGUUUUCCUGGCACUAUAGUGGUCCUUUAAUAAAACAUGCUGGGUUUAGCUAAUAAGUUUGGUCCUUAAGGGGUUAAAGGUAAAUUUACAGAGCAGGAGAUAAAAAAAACAUAUAAAGCAAGUUAACGUCUGAUUUAAAAAGGAAACUUUUUUUUCCAGCAGGCUGUGUCGGUCACAGUCGGGGAAGGUGUGUCUAGGGCUGCAUAAACAGAAUCAAAAGUGAUUUAACUAAAUAGCUCCAGCAGGAUUCAGUGGAAACUUGUUCAGGGGGACCCCACUGCUUCAUGAAGCUGUCAAAUGCUGAGAAUAUUUUCAUUGGAAGCGUAGUGAUUGUCACGCACGUCAAGUAGGUCACCUUACUAUUGCUUCUAUAUGAUAAGCAUUUAAAUGGACCAGAGAUCAGAGUGUUUGCUUAGCACUGGAUGAACAGAAGGCAAAACCAGCUUUUUUUAUUUAAAUGAUUUCAUGAACUAAAUCUCCUAAGAAACAAUAUUAAAAUUAAAAAUAAAUGGUUCUUUUUAAAGUUAGUGUUAUUAUAAUUAUUGGUUUUUAUAUUGCGCAAGCUUAUUCCGCAGCGCUUUACAAUAAAAGGGGAAUUUACCAAAUGAGACAAUAACAAAAUGUAACCGGAACAAUAGGUAGUUGAGGACCCUGCUCAAACCAGCUUACAGUGUUCCUUGAAUCUACCUAUCCAGCUCACACAGUCCAUGUUGAUAUCAGUAAUGCUAAUGUUACUAAUAUAACUUCUGUCUAUAUUUUACCAGAAUCAGCACGGCUUGUUGCUAGUUUCUAAGAAGAAAUCUUUGGCAGGAGCGGCUCAGAUUCUCCUGAAAGGAGCAGAGAGGUUGUCCAAGUCAGUAGCCGAAUAUCAGGAGAACAAGAGACAGAGAGACUUCAACUCCGAGCUGUUGAGGUUACGGCAGCACUGGAAGCUAAGAAAACUCGGAGACAAAAUCCUGGGAGAUUUGAGUUAUAGGAGUGCAGGUUAGUUCUGUUAUGUUUUAGCCUUGUAACACCCAACAAUGAGUAUAAAUGGGAGGCCAUGCUAUGCAUCCAUACCCUAAGCCUUUUAUACGUGUUUCUUCCAGUUUCUGAUAACUUGCACAUAAAAUCAAUUUUGGCUUUUAACUCGUUGUUGUGUAACACUUUAAUAUUUAUAAUGCCCAUUACAGAAAGAUUGAUUACAAUUUGUGCUAUCUAUGUCUGCAUUUACAGAUUACGUUUCUGGAUAUAAAAGUAUUCUGGUUAUCUUUCUUUUUUUUGCAAGUAGUUUGAAAGUGAUGGGAUUAAUUCUGCAAUGCUUUUUUUUUUAAUGUUUAUGCAUUCCAGAACAUACAUUAAAAUUCACGAAAUCCCAAUAUACUCCUCCUGGUGAAAUACAAUUUUGAACAAAGUACACAACAGUUAUAUGAGUUGAUUCCUUUGUAGGAUGCUACUGCCAUUUAGUUUUAACACCUCCACAGCAAAGCCAUUCAAUAUAAUCCACAACAGAGGGAUAUAGGCACAAUGCUAAUCAAUUGUGUACACAUGUCCCAACACUGGGGAAGGGAAUCAUCCAGGUCCACAAAUCAUACAUCAAGGCCCGGUGCUUUUUAUUGAACUUUUCUUUCUUGUUUCAGGGUCACUCUUUCCUCACCACGGUACCUUUGAAGUUAUAAAGAACACAGAUCUAGAUUUGGAUAAAAAAGUCCCUGAAGAUUACUGCCCACUGGAUGUGCAUAUCCCCAGUGAUUUGGAAGGAUCUGCCUAUCUGAAGGUUUGCAUUGAACUCUAAAACAUAUCUUAAAUGUUCUUUUAGUAAAUGACUGUGAAUGUGAAGAUGAUAGUUGUUAAAGAGUCACUCCAGGCACCUCCAUAUGUAUGGCAGAGCCCGGUACAGCUGCGCGAUUUCAUCCAGUGGGCAGCUGGUAAAAGGCUGAGAUAAACUGAGUCUGUCAUCGGCCUAGCCGUGCAAAACCUUCCCCAUUCUGCAUGAGCAAAGAGGAAGAAAGCUAAGGACUGCUGUGUCAGGCACUAAAGGACCAAUUUUGUGGGUUAAACAACUGAAAAACAGUUAAAGGACAACCGUCAUCAAAUUCUCACUUCUCAUUUUUUUAAAGUGAAUUUAAGGAGUUAAUGAAACAAUUAUGUUUAUUUGUAUUUUCGAUUAUCUAGCUGAGCAGUCACGUUGGGUCAUAUUCUGUUAUCUGACCAACUUGUGCUCAACCUAACAUGCCUACUCGUCGGCACAGACCAGUGACAGCAUUGUCUUGUUUGCACUUCAUGACCUCAAUAAGCAGCCCUGUCUGUCUGUGUGUAUCUGCCUGCUCUCUUAUCUUCAGCCCUCCCUGAACAUUUAACAAGGACAUCUACGUUAUCGGUUAUAUCUGUUCCCAAUCUGGUCCCUUCUACCACAGACAGACUGAGAACAAACGUGCAGGCAGCAACCAUUGCAGGAGUUCUCUGGGACUAUAUGUAAUCCGGGCACUUUCACUGGCAACUCUGCAGCUAUGAACUCUCUCUGCUCCUGUCACUUCUGAAAAUGUAUAACCUUAACUUUGUUUGAGUUGCUGAGGGUGUCACUCCCCUAUUUUCUCUCAAACAGAAAGUAAAGGUUAUACCAGAAUGACCCUUUUUAAGUGAGCCAAAAACAGAAUUCAUUAGUACGACCAAAAAACACAUUAGCUUGCCUUUUGAGGAUUAGCUCAGUCUGCCAUUUCAGAGGCACCCAGUUAUAUCUUUGACCUAUCAAACUGAUACAACACACAUGGGUAUUUCAGAAUAAAUGCUGAAUGGCCCUCAAUGCAUUAGAGAUGCAGCAAACCUUUAGACAAUUCUUCUGCAUUUUCAAGUUGUGGGUGACUUUGCUGCCCCAUGAUGCCUUCGGCCUGCUUAUCUAUAAAAGUGCAUUUGUAUGCAUGCACCCUAUUGAGAUGGCAUUACAUCUUAAUCUACAGGCUGCGCUUUAUGUACAUGACGAGUAAAUUAAAAAAACAAAGCUAACAAAUGAGAUUUAAAAAAAAAAACAAAAACAAAGUAUGACCAAUAGCUGAUUUUUUUUUUUUUUUGUAAUCUUUUUUUCUUGUAGAAAAAUCUCAUUAGUGACAGUGCCUCUUUAACUCCUCUCCCUUCAGAACUCUGUGACAUGGUUAACAUUAAAGAAAUACAUUUUUCAAAAUAGAUUAAUGUUGUUCGAACCAGAUUUGUACAGUAUUGCGCAAAUAGUAUCCUUGCCUGAAUAUAGCAAUUUCUCUUGAUAAUGCAUCUACUGAACAGCUGAACAGUGCCUCUUUAAUUGGAAAUAAAUGUGUUCUAAUAUCACAAAUAAUCUGCUUCUUCUCUUUAGGUUUCCAUUCAGAAGCAAUGUGCAGAUAUUGGUGACCUCGGAACAAUUAAUCUUUUUAAGCGACCUCUGCCAAAGGCAAAACCAGGUAAGCUUGUGCAGGUCAGACAUAUAUUUCCCUUGGGUCGGUUAUAUUUGUUUAUUCAAAUGCUAUUUUAAUAUAUUACAUGUUUGGUCUCUCUCUUUUACUCUGUUUUCCCUUGGAAUAGGUUUACAAAACUAUAUGAAGGUGUUCUGCAGAUGCCCAGUAUAUGAUAUAGAUGAAAUGUAAUACUCUUUGAUUUAAUACCAAAUUCUGAUUACCGUAACAGAUACACCUCCAUCCAGGAGACUAAUGUAGAAACAUUAAAGAAGUCUCCGUAGGCAAAACAUAUUUCAUAAAAUCUUCAUGGCAGUCUGACUGGGUUUGUAGUUAAAGCAUUUACAACAGUUACAUUUAAGGCAGUUGUUUUUCUUUGUGAGUUUGCAGAGUUCUUAGAGCCGAGGGACCUGCCAGCAUUCUCCAAGCUGUCUUUUCAGCCUUUUUAUAUGCCUUUAUAUCUCUGUGGCCUGGAAACGAACUGGUCAUGAUCAACGAAUUGCUGGAUGCCAAAUGUAAAAGUCUAGUCAGAUGCAUAUAAUGUGGGAAGUGUCUUUCUGUUUUUAAACCUCUUUACUCACUUGUUCCAGGAACCCCACAUUGGCAGACCAGGCUGGAAGCUGCACAGAAUGUUCUUCUGUGUAAAGAAAUAUUUGCACAGUUGUCUCGUGAAGCCGUUCAGAUCAAAUCCCAAAUCCCUCACAUUGUUGUCAAGAAUCAAAUAAUCUCCCAGCCUUUUCCAGGUAAGAAACCUUUACAUUGGUUACUUGUGGUUCUUAAAAUUGGUUUCACUGUCAUGCUUCAGAUAUAGAUAACUUACGAUAUGCCAUGGUCCUCCAAUGAUUAUGUGCUUUGUUUAUAAACCAUUGCGAGGGGCAGUUUACUUGACUCAUCGAUAAAAGACCAUCUAUCAGUAUUGUUGUUGUGGCAUACAAGGCUGUCCUAUAAUAAAUGUGUAAUUCUCGGUGUAUAGCCAUGCUUUUAACCCCUUAAGGACCAAACUUCGGGAAUAAAAGGGAAUCAUGACAUGUCACACAUGUCAUGUGUCCUUAAGGGGUUAACUAGGGCAGGCAAAUUUCAUCUUCGAUUAUUUUCCGAAUUGCUUCUUAACCCCUUAACGCCGUUGCGGCGGCAUAGAACACCGUAACGGCUUUCAGCCCCAAAGGACCGGCGGUACUCACCUCCGCCGCGAUCCUCUUCUGGAGGGCUGCCAGGCCGCCCAGGCAGCCCUCCUCCAGUGAAUAUGGCCCCCUAUAGCUGGCUGUGGAUCUGCCAGCAGGGGGACUGUCUGAAAUAUCAGACAGUCCCCAUGCUGGUGGAAAGUGCAAAAAAAAAAUAAACAUGUUUAAAAAAAAAUAUAUAUAUAUAUAUAUAUCUAUCUAUCUAUCGGUGUGUGUGUGUAUAUAUAUAUAUAUAUAUAUAUAUAUAUAUAUAUAUAUAUAUAUAUAUAUAUAUAUAUAUAUAUAUAUAUAAGCGAAGCAAAGCAGGCUGCACUCACGGACUUCUGAAUAUAAAGUGUAGUUUAUUCCAUCCAAGAAACAAGAAUAAUCAACGUUUCGGUCCGCACAGGGACCUUCCUCAGGAUCAUACGUAAUGUAUAAACGUCAUUCGUAAUGUAUUUUAAUAUUAAUAUAAGUAUAUAUUAAUAUUAAAAUACACUUAGAAUGACGUUACAUAUAUAUAAUGUGUGUAUAUAUAGUAUAUAUAUUAUAUAUAUAUAUAUAUAUAUAUAUAUAUAUGUAUAUAUACACAUAUAAUUAAUAAUAAAUUUAAAUAAAAAAUAAAAUAUUGAAACAAAAUUUAAUAUAAAUUAUAUAUUCAUAUGUAAUUUCAUUCUAACUGUAUUUUGUUAUAUAUAUAUAUAUAUAUAUAUAUAUAUAUGUAUAUGUAACAAAAUACACUUAGAAUGACAUUCUAUAUAUAUCUAUCUAUCUAUCUAUAUAUAAAAUACAAAUAACCGCAAAUAAAUAUAUAGCGAUAAAUACAUAUAAUUACAUAAAAGAUUACAUUAGUAUACACGUAGAAUUUAAAUACCUAUAAAUGCAUAUAUAUUAAAAUUCUACGUGUAUAUUUAAGUAAUCUUUUAACAUAAUUAUGUGAUUUGAUUAAUUAAAAUUUGAUUGACAUGCCUGACAACACAGGGAGAAAGUGCAGUGAAUUUAAUUCGCAAGCACUAUAUUUGACCCUGUAACUCUCCAAGACUCCAUAAAACCUGUACAUAUGGGGUUCUGUUUUACUCGGGAGACUUCGCUGAACUCAAAUAUUAGUGUUUAAAACUGGUAAAUUGUAUUACAACGAUGAUAUUAUAAGUAAAAGUGAAGUUUUUUGCAUUUUUUACAAACGAACGUCAUGUUUAUGGACUAUAUUAUUGUUCUAAUAUUCUUUACUGUUUUAAAACACUAAUAUUUGUGUUUAGUGAAGUCUCCCGAGAAUAACAGUACCCCCCAUGUACAGGUUUUAUGGUGUUUUGGAAAGUUAGAGAGUCACAUAUAAGGCUUGCAUUUAGUUUUGUUGACAUUGAAAUUUAACAGAUUGGUUAUGUUGUAAUUCUCAUUCCUGGGCUACCACACCGUCUCAAAGGUAACAAUUAAAUUAAAAAUUUCAAUGUGAAAAUGGAACAUUCUAUAUUUGACCCUGUAACUUUCCAAAACACCAUAAAACCUGUUAAUACUGUUGUACUCGUGAGACAUCGCUGAUUACAAAUAUGUGCAUUUUUUUGCAGUAAAACCUAACAGUAUUAUGACAUUUACAGCUAAAAUGUGAGGCGGAACUACAAAUUUUUAAAAAAAAUUAAAUUUCUCACAGUUUUUUAAAUUUUAUUCAUAAUAAAUUAUGUUUUAUAUAUAAAUAUUUGAUAUGAAAUGAAAGCCCUGUUUCUCCUGAACAAAAUGAUAUAUAAUAAGUGUGGGUGCAUUUACUAUGAAAGAGUUGAAUUACGGUUGGACAGACAUGUAGCGCAAAUGCCAGGUUUUGUUUACAUUUUGUUUUGUUCACAACGUGUACAUUUGGCUCUGUCCUUAAGGGGUUAAAGUUCAAACAUACUACUGUAUUUGUGAUUGGCAGAUAAUUUAAAAAGUUAUAGGUCAUAUGCAGCUGAAGGUUAAUAAAUGGCCACCCAUCACUUAUGAGCCAUGGUUCACAUAUUCUGAAAUAAAGACACCAAAGAUUAAAUACUGAGAUGCCUAACAGUCAUUGGCAGGCCUACAAAGAAACCAAAAUAAAAUAAGAAAUACACUAUCACCAAUGAAUGUAGUUAGAUUGGUGCAUCACUAGAACUCACUGCUUCUUUUCACACCACACAGAGGAUAGUCAUCAUGGCCCUGGAUAAACUGCGUAUUUUCAGAUGCCGAAAUAUAACAGCAUGCUCUGCGUCCUUUUUCAUCUUUCCCAAUCAAUCCCGGCCACAAUGGGCUGCACAUUGUCUAGGCAGUUACCCCUGAGAAAGGCAGAGAGCACUCCAUUAGUGGGAGAGAGAAUAUAACAAAAAUAAUUCAAUCAGCACACCAUAGCAAGUCAGACUGCAAGCCAGACUGCACAUUACCAGAAGAAACCCCAAUAAUGGUCCAGAGAGCAACCACCUGUGGUUAACAAGGUAAACCAGCAGAGGGCCACAUCACCACUGGGACACACAUCACACCAAUAGAGAACAAGACAUUACAGCAACAUGUCUAGAAAGAGUGCUAUGUAUACUGCCCAGAAAGAAAUGAAUGAAAAUGAAUUUAUAUCUUUAUUUAUGACUCGGUUUAAUAGAUAUACCUCUAGUGAAAUCAUGCAUUUUUCCAUUGGGAUUUUCUAUUUUUCCAAAUGCCUUCCUAAUGGGGGUUUUCAAGGCUCUCGACAUCCAUUAUCAUUUCACGGCGUUAAACUCUGUGAAACUGCAGGAAGCGCUUCUAGAGGCUGUCUGGUAGACCGCCACUAGUUGCAGUGCAAUGCAGCGUAAAUGCACUGUGAAUGCUUCUCAUAGUGAAGCAUUGGAUUCAAUGAGAAGCAUCCAAUUGACAGAAUGCUGUGCAUACGUAGUAUGCCCUAGUGCUUUUCUAUGAGAAGCAUUGGAUUGGACAAGAGAUCAUGGAUGAUGUCUAAAGAGGAGCAUCUGCUGGGAGGAGCCUCGCUACUGGAUUACCAACGCGUUUUUAUUUGUAAACGUAGGACCCAUAAUCUAACCGUUCUAGUCCUAUUUAGUUUGAAUAUUGGGGUACUUUUGGAUACUAUACACAGACAUGUGCACGAUUAUUGGCAUUAUGCAAUAUCAGUUGAUGAAGUUUAAGUUGGUGCCUGGAUGUAACUCAGAUCUCUCAUUUCAUAAAUGUUGCAUUUAGAGCUAUUUUUUUUUUUUAAAUUCUUUAUUUUUUAAGAUGCUUUGUUUUAACAACAUUCCAAUGGGUAAUCGGCAUACAUAAGAUUUGACACCAGAAAAAUGGAAAAACAUGUUUCAGUUACAUGUAUAACAGUGAGUAUAGCAUUGCUCUGAGAACUGGUGCAGUAGUCCUUUUUUAACAGCAUUAGUUUUUUAUGGUACAUGCUUAAACUUUGUUUGGGGACUGCUAGAGAGAGGUCGCUCAAUAAUGAGUUUCUGCUUAUGUUUUGCUCUGAUUGCGAUCCCUGUGUGCAUUGUUUACAACCUAUGCUCUGAGGUGGUGCAUGUUUAGGGAUGGGGAUGCGGGUUGCAGGCACUUUGUCAUGUACAAAAUAUAAAAUAUAACAUGUCAUGCUGGUUACAGGUUGUAGAGGUGGUAGCUUAUCGUGAGUAUCGUGAGCAUGUGCGCUCUUGAUAAUAUGGUGGUGAAGUAAAGAGAUAUGCAACCACGCUGUGGGCCCCUGACCCAGCGGGGCAGUGGAGGGGGGGGGGAGGGGGAAAUACGCCAUUUGGUGCUAGUGUAUAUGCUUGUCAGCCUAAUCUGCCCUUGCCUGUGCCGGGCUCGGGCCCGUGAGGGCACUGUGUUGUGUAGCCAUAUUUGAGCGAGAGGGUAAAAUACACUCUAAACAAUUAAAUCUACUAUGAACACAAACUGGAAUAAAAUUGGGUUGAAAAGUUGGUCCUCGGGAGUUUGCACCCUGCAGUCACGGUGUUUCUGGCUGUGGGUUCCUCUCUCUCGGGGUGAAUGGUGUGAUGGAAGAGGGGUCCCAUGAGGUCGCCUGGUGUUCAGAGGUUGAAGGUGCAGUCGGAUGUUCAAGACCCAGGGUACUCAAAAAAGUAUGUGCAUCUCCCAAAUUCGGUAGCAUAUGUGUAGUCCCGUUUUGAGUCACUACUAAGGAGCCGUUCGCUCCCCAGCGGUAAGCCAGACCUGCGUUUCUCAGCUGGGUUGUAACAGGCCUAUAUCUUUUACGGAUCUGGAGGGUGGCCCUUGUAAGGUCCUGGAAGAAUGUGAGGCUUGAAUUCUCGAAUGUGAGUAGUGCCUUAUCUUUUAUUGCCGCCAUAAUUUGGAGCUUAUCAGGUAGCGUGACGCAUCUGAGAAUGACGUCUCGUGCCAAAGUUGUUGUGCAGUGAGUAGGGCUUGGAAGACGGUAUACACUGUCUAUGUUUAUUCGUUUGGCCACAGUGUGAGACAUGACUGUUGUCAGCAUUCUUCUAACGUAGUGUGGCAGUUCUGCCACCGUGACCGCUGAGGGGAUGCCCCUGAUCUUGAUAUGUGUACGCCUCUGGCAGUCUUCAAGGAUAGCAAGUCUGAGUGACAGGAUCUGGUUUUGGGCUUGAAGCUCUUGUAUGGAGGUAUCCACGGAGGUUAAGUGGGUUUGUACUGUUAUUUCCUCCUCUGAGGUUCGCACUCUCUCAGUGACUGCCUGUACCUCCGUUUUAAGUAGUGCAGAGUCCGCCGCCAGUAACUUGUGGAUUUCUGCCAGAAGAAGUUUUAAAUCCCUCUUUGUGGUGGGUGCUGAGUCAUCUGGCUGUUCAUGCUGCUCAGCUUGAGGGGUGUGUGGAGAUUGUGAGCUUCCAGGUCUGUCAUGGCCUGCUGUUGUGCCCAUGUCCCUCACUUGCGUAUCUUCCGCGGGAGUGGGUCUGAGUUGGGCGGGCCUCUGUAACAUGGCCCCUAUAUCCCGACCCUACGCCUGGUUUUGGGGCUUUUGAGAGCGCCUACCUUUGCCUGACAUUGGUGCUGGUGAGGCUGGCGGUUUCUGGGGUUGCGGGUUGUCUGCUCCGCUCGCGGUAAGGCUUCCCAGGAUUCCUUGCAGGCUGUGGAGCGCUCGGUAGGCCUCAGAUCUGUGCUUCCUCCUUGUUGUUUUUGGUGCCUGGAAGAAAGGCAUCAGUCGGUUCCUCUUGCCCUACUGGAUUCGGUUCAGUGAGUGCCGUGGCUGGAUUGUGUUUAGUAUUGCCUAUAUCGGCAGAAUUAGGUUUGUAGACAGAGGAGCUUCUGGAAAUGGCGUCUGAUCGGGUCCAUGGUUAAGCUCCGCCCCCCCAUUUAGAACUAUUUAAUGGGAAUUAAAAUCCAAAGGUGUCCAAAAGCAGAAUCUUUCAAGGAAAACUACAGCCCGGUAGAUAAAAGCAAAACAUUUCACACCCCCUUCCACCAGCUCCAAAUUGUCCCCAAGGAUAGAAUAAAGUCCCUUGUAGUUAAAUCUUCGUUAUUCCAACCAAAGCCAAAACAACAAAACUGUGUUUAUAGCUUAGAGCCUAUUAAAGGAUUCCAAAUGUCGUCUUUAUCCUGUGACAUUAAAAGGCGACAGCAGGCUGAGACAUUAUGCAGUUUCCCUGGUACCCAUUGUGAUGUUGUGUGGUCAAACAUCCAUCUUUUAAUGUGCACAGACUGUUCUCUGGCUCCUCUGUCCAUACUUCCUACAUUUUGUCUUAAAGUCGUUUUGUAUUCUGUGAGUGUCAGCAACAGACAAAACUCUUUGGUGUAUACUGUAUUUGUAGAGACUUGUGAACAUUCUGUUCUUGUCAUUCCUAUAUUUGGCCUUAUUCACCAUAUUAUGUACUGUGGAUAUGAUGUUCAGUAUAGCUAUAGAAUACUGUGUAUGGACACAUGUACACUGCAUACUUAACACAAGUUAAGGACUAAUACAGUUAUUGUUCAGUAUUUCCUGGAGAUUCUGUGGAUGUUCUACUCCUAAUGACAUUAAACUGACUCCUAAAUGGAUCUACUUGGCUCUUUUAUUAUUCAAUCAUUAGUUAUAUUGAGUAAUCUCUACAUUUACACUCCUUCAACAUUUGCCCAUAUUUUGUGUUUGUUAUGGAUCACUUUGUCACUCUGGGAUCAACCUAGUGCAAGCAGUUCAAUAAAUAGAUUGAUAACGAAAGAGACAUAUUUAAAAAGCAGAGUUUUUAUGCAUUUAUUUGUGGUGCACAAUGAUCAAUAAAUGGGGAUUUGAGAGGCAAGAAGAAAAUCUAGUUUAAAUGCAUCAAUGCCACAUGUGCAGAAAAUUUAUGCAAAAUUAGUAUUUUAGAAAAGGAACAUAAAAGACUGGAUUCAAAACUGUAUUUCUUGGAGCGUGUAUUCACUGUUUGGGUACAAUCCCCUUUCGUCAUCUCCCAUUUCCAUAAAAUGUGUAUGGUGCUGACGUCGUUCAAGAACUGGGGCAGAUAUAUUGGGGAAUUACAGUUACUGCUACUUUAACAGUAAAAACAGGAACAAAAUAAAAGGGAUAUCUCAAAAAAAUGUGAAAUCUAGUUUAUUCGAUCCUGGUAAAAUUAAGCAAAGCGACAACAUAACUGGGAACUUUAAGUAGAGAGAUCUAUCUCGAACUUUAAAAGUCAAGCAGUGGUUGCAGAGUUCAUAUGACCCGUAUUCGACCAGUGGUGUCAUGCAUACAUACCUCGUCGUACUAAGUGGCCGAGCAAAUUGAAGUAACAACUAAAUCCGGACGUAAUGCUUUCAACAUCCUAAAACUAUUAAGUGAAAGCUUUCAGACUGAAUGCAAACGCUAUUUAACCAUCAGUCUGCUUGACAUCACCAAAUGCAGAGACACAUUUCUCCAUCAAUGGGAAAUUAGUUGAAGAUAUUUUUAUUUUAUAAUGUUUCCUCUGCCCAUUUACAUUUCUGUGAUAGAUAUAUGUGUCCAAAGAGACCUCCAUCAGCAUAGGUUCUAAAUAGUUGUUUUGAUACAGAUCUGGCAUCAUCUUGGUGACUGACAUACUUCUCUUGUAAUGUAAUUCCUAUUGAUUUAAAUGCCCUAAAACAUCUUGCUUAAACUAUUCUCCAAAAAUAAUCUUUUUUUGAGUAUAGCCAACCAGGAGAAUGAAAAAUGCAACCACUGUGGCCUUUCUGCCUUGUGAGUUCUCUGGAGUUCCAAGUCAAUCGCUUUUUAAAAUGUAAAAUAUAUUUCAUUGUAUCAGAUCAGCAGCUUGGCUGGAGAUGUGGGUGAACAAUUGCUGCCUCCACGUGCAUCCUGGAAGUACACACAGAAAUGCACACAGUUUAUUUAAUCUAGUCAUUUCAUUGUAUAAUGAAGACCAUCACUUUAAAGUGUGCUUUGUAGCAAAUCUUUAAGUGACUGAGGACUUCCAGACACCCCUUGUCCUGGCAUGGAGUUCAAUGGGAGCACAAUUGUAUCCCAUAAAACUUUGCUCUGAAACAGCCAUAGUAAGCUGUGUAGACCUGAGCAGUCAUAAAACAGGGAGUAUGCUAAUUGCUUUUCACUAAUGAAAAAUAUGAAUGAGAACAGUUCUUAAACAUAAAAUCUGAACGAGUAGCUGUUGUGAAUGAAUAGGUGCGAUUUUUAUUUUUUAUUUAUUAAUAUGCCAUGUCUGUCCCUUAAAUUUAUUAACUUUGUGAAGUUUAAAUCUCUCUGCACACAGGAUUACAGCUGUCAAUCUCUUUCUGCCACUCGUCAAAUGACAAGAAAUCUCAGAAAUCAGCUUCCGAAAAGGCUACCACAGAAGACCACCUGUAUGUUCUUGAACACAAUUUGCACCAGCUGAUUCGAGAGGUAUUGAUCUCCAUUCUACUUUAUACUUCUUCUGGUAACACUUUAUGAAUUAACAAAAUGGAUUGUGUUGACCAUUACUGUAUAUUUUAUCAUUUACUGUAAAUAAUGUAAAUUAUUAAUCCAGAAAAUCUAAUUGACGGAGGACAAGCAAGCAUUGUUAUCAUUAUUUAUUUCAUUGUCUUUAUUCUAGUUUCAUAAACAGACGUUAAGCAACAUAGUGAUGCCACAUCCAGCUAGUGCUCCGUUCGGUCACAAGAGAAUGCGGUUGGCAGGUCCUCAAUCUUUUGACAAGAAUGACAUCAGUGCAAUGCAGCAGAAUGAGGGUCUCCUGGAGAAGAUCAUCAAACAAGCUAAACACAUAUUCCUCAGACGAAGGUAUAGAACCUCCGCCUUAUCCAUCCUUUAUCAUACAGGGCAUUGGGAUUGGACUGUAGCCUUCAUUUUGUCCAAUUUUAGUAUAUAGGUGGUUGUGGAUGUUGUGAGUGAGUCUACUGGGGGUAUCUUUGAUAAACUAAAUUUAUAAAUAGCAGUUACAUUGUGGGUAUGGUUAAGUUCUAAACAUUCGUUAGCACUGAUUGUAUGCUUAGGUAGACACUGGCUGAUUAAGUAUGCUACCUAUGAGCUGGACAGCUUUGUGCUUUGUUUGGAUUCUACAUUUCCUCCAAUCCUCUGAUGACUCUAGUAAUAAAGUUUGUCUCUGGGAUCCUUGUGGGUUAGAAUUGCUCCUGGAGACUAACUGCGAUUUUUGGCCCGCCCGCACUCUGAAGGAACAUGGUGGAGCAGGGGACCCCCCGGGUGUACACAUAGACGCCAAAGCCAGCUUCCUACCCGACCGUGAACCCGAAAUCGACAGGUGAGGCCUGUUGCUCUCCUCGCUCGAUAACCAGCGCGCAGACACCCACCGACUUUCCACCUCCUCCCCCUCCCCCCCAUGGGACCGGUGGGGGAUAUCCCAGUCCCCACUGGGAGUCCAAAGUAACCUACCUUUGCCGAGCCCUGACCCAAAGCGAUACACACACAUCACCGGCACCGCUGUACGAGGAGCACGCAAGAUGGCGGCAACAUACUCCCCGGCUAAGCAGACCCAGCUCUCCAGCCACACAACCUGCCACAACAAUGAAGCUGAUAUCGAGCAGCGGCUAAAUAGGCUGUUCAACAAAUUUUGGGAGAAAAUCCAAAGCUGCAGGUGGGCACAACAGACAGCUCUGGAAACUGGUGAGAGAGGACUAGGGGAGCGAGGGGGUCAUUCUCUGGCACCACACUAGAUCACCCAGUAAUCCAAACAUGUCUGAGCCCACCUGAGCUGAAGGCCAAGAAGGUCCUGACCCGACAGUAUCGCCCACACAGAUGUAGGCCCAAGCGCCGCACGCGGCAGCCCACCAUCAGGCCCCCUGCAACUCCCAAGAGAGGAGAAAACUCACGCUCAGGAAGCAGAAGAGUCUGUGGCCACAAGAUGUAGGCCUACACAUCAGCCUGGGGCUGGAGGGAUACCUACACCCGCACCCCAGUGGUGCCGAGAACCCACAACCCACCAGAGGGAUGCAGACGCCGGGCGAAAAUGGGAAUUGGGUGAGAGGGUAAACCAUACACCAACGCUCCCAUGCUGUGAACACCCUCACCUAUGUGUUCCUGUACGUGACUUCCUACCAAGACGCCAUAUCUUGCCGUGACUGAGGAAUAUGGGACCCAGUACACUUUUCUUAUGAUUUGGGACCCGGACACCAGUGUCCUAUCAAGCGUUACCUUAAUUAUGUCUAUGUUUAAUUCUAUACUAGUUACGAUUUUUCUCUAGCAACAGUGAGUAAGCACCAUAAACAUGCCUAUAUGACACUAUACUAGAACUGCUAGCCUAUAUAUACGUCUAAAUACUACACACAGUGACAAGCUACCACGACUAACAUUUAACCAGGCAUAAUUAACCUACAAUCAUUAACACACACACUUGGCAAAUACAUCUUACUGUUAUUAACAUAUCUAUACUCUGCUUUGCAACUCUAGCAUACAAUUGCAGCCAAUCUAGAUGUAUAAUGUUAGCCUGAACUUAUAAUAUAAAACUGUGCAUGCAUUUCUCAAUAACCCAAUUUUUAUCCAGGACGAAUAGCAUGAGGACUGCUGUUGGGGCACCUCAAGCGUGUUUGUAAUGUCGUUAUGCACUGCAAAAAUACAAACAAAAAAAAGAAUUGCUCCUGGUACACGUGAAUUUCCAUUUUGGCUGGUCAAAAAAAAUAAAAAUCAUUCUACAUAUUUUUUUUAUGUGCAGACUGAUUUUCCUUAAAACACAAAUACAUUUCCAAGUUUUCACUCUGUUUAAAUGAAUUGCAUGCCACUGUAUGCACAGUGUAACCGUGAUGUAUGGGUGAUUAUGGGGAAAAAAAGCAAUGGGAAUAAAGUACUUAGAGCUCAAAUGACAAUUGAAUUAUAAUUUUCUGCAUUUCUUAUAGAACUUCCCGCACCAUUGACAGCCUUGCCAGUCGAAUUGAAGAUCCACAGAUCCAAGCACAUUGGUCAAGCAUCAAUGAUGUGUACGAGUCCAGCGUGAAAGUCUUAAUAACAUCUCAAGGUUACGAGCAGAUCUGCAAGUAAGUAAUUCAUAUUUAACCUUGUUUCUGUUGGCAAAUGUCCACAACAGCAUUGGGAUUAGCCCUUACUACCCUAUCUUGCACCUGUUAUGUGCCUUAGGUACAUUAUAUCAUGCUUUUUAUAUAAUUUAUUUUAUUGCAUUUUCAUGUUUUCACUGUGUUCCAAUUAUUUAUAGUCUCAAGAAAAAAAAGUGGUUUUGUUUGAAAACAUUGUCCUUGCAUGCUGUGUGAUUCUCAAGUGUGGAUUAGUUGCAUUUUCUAAUUGUAUAAUACAUGUAUUCUACAUAUACAGCAUUAAUUUGUAGGUGUCUUCCCGCCAGCAUAUGUCUGGUAUUUACAUAUUUUAUCAUUUAUUUCUCUAGGGGGGAAGCAUUUCAUAUGCUUUAACUUUUUGUGCAUUUGAAAUUUUGAUACUAUUCCAAGAUAGUUUGCAAGCUAGAAACUAAGUUCUAGACCCAAGACUGAUAGAAAAGGACUGUAUAAGGUGGAGAGGGAUGGGUGAGGGAAAAGGAUAUGAGCUUGUGAUCUUAUAUGUCUAUAUUCAGUUAUGUAUUGUACAAUGGAACACUGUAUACAGAAUUAUAAGGAUAAUGUAUGUUAUCUUUGUCAUUUAUAUACUAAAACUAAUAAAAAAUAUAUUAAAUAAAAAGAAACAAAGUUCUAACACUAUUUGUUGAUUUUUCAGUCGAUUCCAUUUUAUUGAGCAAUAAGUAGUUUGUUCCGUAAGCACUUGCAAAAUUUAUAAAUUUAUGCUUUUAAAAAAAAAAAAAAAUUCAUUACAAUUUGAUGUUUAUUUAAAAGACCCAUAAGGAAUCUUGUUUCUCCUAACCUGUCUACUCUUUAUGAAGUUUAACCCCUUCAGGACGGUUCAGGACCGUCCUCGGCAUUUUUGUAUUGCCAACCGAGGACGGUCCUGAACCGUUCUAAUGGAAAACGGGUGGCGGGAGCGAUCAGAGAUCACUUCCGCCGAAAUCCCGUUGUUACUAUCUGCCCGGCAUCCCAGGCAGAUAGUAACAGCCAAUUGCGGCAUGUGAGCGAUCCGCGAUCGCUCACAAUUGGCUGGUGUCAAAGUGGGUGUUACAAACACUCACUUUGACACUGAUCUCUGCCUCUCUCCUCUGUAGCGUUUUGUGAGGGGAGAGAGACAGAGAUUGUGAUAGUUUGUUGCAGCAAGUGUUCCAGAGAGUAUUAAAAAGUAUCAGCAGUUAAUAAAAAAUCCCUUUUAACCCCUUCCCUGCCAGAUCUGUUACAGACAGUACAUUUGUACUGUCUGUAUUUUUUUUUUUGCCCUUAAGGGUUAACUUUAUUUAAAAAAAAUCUGUUUCUUAGUCUGUCAGUUUCCUUCCCCCAAAUCUCCAUUAGAUUCUUCUAACAGGAGUUAGUUCAGGGAUUACUGUUUUAGUCUGUUUUAGCGUAAAAAAAAAUAAAAAAAUUUGUGUUUAGUAUUUUGUUAGUUUAGUCUGUUAGUGUGAAACAUGCAGCGCAUGUACAGCUUGGAGGAGGCAUAUGCCUUCUUGGCGUCAGACUCUGACGCCACUGACACUGCGUCCGAUUUUGACCCAGGUCAGUUUAGCGACACGUCUAGUGACAUGUCGUCUGUGUGUGAACCAGCUGCUAAAAGAAGCUGUGCUUCCCCUGCUAAGCCGAAUGUGGAGGAGGACUGGGUACCUCCCCAGUCAGCUGAGCCCAACAUCCCCCCCUUUUAGUGCCAACGCAGGCAUUAAUGUGAAUGUGGUUGGCUUCUCCCCUAUACAAUAUAUGGAGUUAUUUUUAGGGGAUACCAUCUGGGAGGAGAUUGUUUCCCAGACUAAUUUAUACGCUAGUCAAUUUAUUGAGGCCAAUCCAGGGAGCAUGCGUGGCAUCCCACAGAUAUCCCUGAAUUUAAAACAUUUUGGGCUCUUACCAUGCUCAUGGGGAUAAUAAAGAAGCCAUCAAUCCGCUCUUACUGGAGCACCAACCCAAUUUGUUUGACUCCUAUAUACUCCCAAACAAUGCCUAGACCAAGAUAUGAGUUGCUGCUGAGAUCCUUACAUUUCAAUGACAAUACCCUCUGUCACCCCAGAGAUCACACCCAAUAUGAUAGGCUUCAUAAAAUACACUCACUGGUAGACCAUCUUCAGCACAAAUUUACUGAAGUUUAUACUCCUCAAAAAAAUGUAUCUAUUGAUGAAUCGUUAAUGAAAUAUAAAGGGAGAUUAGGAUUCAAACAAUACAUCCUCUCAAAGCGCUUUAGGUAUGGCGUAAAAUUCUACAAACUGUGCGAGAGCGAAAGUGGCUAUACAUUUCCUUUCGUAUAUAUGAGGGGAAAGAUGGUCAACUGGACCCUCCUGGCUGUACUGACUCUCUGGGGACAAGCGGGAAACUUGUUUUUGACUUACUGAUCCCCUUGUUCAAUAAGGGUUACCACCUUUUAUGUGGACAAUUUUUAUAGCAUUGUCCGUUUGUUUCAAACUCUUUAGGGUUUCUAGAUACUGGCCUGUGGCAGUGUGAGAAGAUAUGCCAAGGAUUUCCCCAGACCUUUUAUAGAGGCCAAAUUAAAAAAAAGUUAAUGUAAAGGUCUGCACACAGCUAAAGUGCUUGCAAUAAAAUUUAAGGACAGGAAGGAUGUUAAUAUACUAACCACCAUCCAUGACGAAAGCAUGUCAGACGUCACUGUCCGAGGCAGAGUACAGACCAAACCUGUUUGCAUCAGGGCUUAUAAAAUGCACAUGGGGGUGUUGAUUUGGCUGAUCAGCUGAUGCAGCCAUAUCUUAUCUUAAGAAAGACAAAAGCCUGGUAUAAAAAGGUGGCUAUCUACCUGAUGCAAGUAGCAACACAUAAUUAAUUUUUACUCUUUAAAAAAAUUAAUACAGAAAGAACCACCUUUCUCCAAUUUUAGUUCAAGCUGAUUUCCACAAUAAUUUAUGGAGAUGGUCAAGUUCCAACAACGGUGCCAGAGGAGUCCAGACAUUUUAUUUUUAAAAUACUGCCAACUGCAAAAAAAAACAAAUCCCCUGAAAUGCUGCUGGGUCUGUUAUAAAAAAGGGAAAAGGACAGACACCCCUUUGUACUGUUUUUUUUUUCUUUUGAAAGCAGCAAAUUUUAGUUAGUCAGUUUCCUUCCCCCCAAAUCUCCAAUUAGAUUCUUUUUGCAGGAGUUAGUUUAGAGAAUGCUGCUAAAGGUGCAUUUGAUACCUGCACAUUUGGUUAAAAAAGUUUUAUGGUAGUAACAUAUAACUGGCUGGCCAAAACCAGAUGACGUGUGCAUAAAAAGCAGAAUUCAAAAAUUACCACCAUGCACGUUCUCUGAAAUUUGUUUAGCACAAUGGUUGGGGGAAGGAUGUGAAAACACCUCAUAUACAAUACCCUGGAAUGUCUACUUUAUAAAAAUAUAAACUUUCAUGAUGUUAACAUUAACGGGGGGAUGCAAAAAUAUGCCAAACUGAAGAUAGGCCAAGCAUACCUAUAUAUCAAGUUGAAAAACUGAUAUGUACAAGUCUCGAUUGUGGCCUUUUAGCCCCCAAACAACCCAGCAAACCUAUGCAUGGGUGAUAUCACCCAUGUACUCAGGAGAUGUUGCUGAACACAUAUUGGGGUGUUGUUUGGCAGUGAUACAUAACAGGAUCUGUUAAUUCAUGCCUAAAGUACAAUGUAUGUGUAAAAAAACAUGAAGAAAAUUACUACCCAAAAGUUUGCCAAAGGUUGGUGGUAGAAUUAUUGCAUGAAAAGUAUUAAACUACCACCAUUUAAAAUACCAUGAGUUGUCUACUUUUCAAAAAUAUAUGGUGUGAUGGGGUAAAAUACAUCGGCCCAAAUAGGACAGGGGCGCCGGUUUACUACAUGUCAAAAUUCCAAGUUGAAAAAUGGAUAUGUGCACCUGCCAAAUGUGGCCUUUUAGCCCCCAAACAAUCCGACAAGCCUAUGCAUGGGUGGUAUCACUGUACUCAGGAGAUGUUGCUGAACACAUAUUGGUGUGUUGUUUGGCAGUGACACAUAACACGAUUUGUUAAUUCAUGCCUAAAGUACAAUGUGUGUGAAAAAAACACACAAAAAAUGACUACCUAAAUGUUUGACAAAGUCUGGUGGUAGAAUUAGUGCAUGGAAAGUGUUAAAAAACCACCAUUUGAAAUACCCUAGGGUGUCUACUUUCCAAAAAUAUAUGGUUUGGUGGGGGUAAAAUACAUUGGCCGGCCUUACAAAUGUCCCAAAUAGGACAUGUGCGCAGGUUGACUACAUGUCAAAAUUCCAAGUUGAAAAAUGGAUAUGCGCACCUGCCAAAUGUGGCCUUUUAGCCCCCAAACAACUCACAAGCCUAUGCAUGGGUGGUAUCACUGUACUCGGGAGAUGUUGCUGAACAUAUAUUAGUGUGUUUUUUGGCAGCAAGACAUAACAGGAUCUGUAAGUUUAUACCUGAAUUGCAAUGUAUGUGAAAAAAAAAAAAAAAAAAACUACCUAUGCGAAGUUUGGCAAAGACUGGUGGUAAAAUGGCUGCAUAGAAAGUGUCAAAAUAUCCUUAGAUGAAUACCCUGGGUUGUCUACUUUAAAAAAUAUAUAUACAUGUGGAGUGUUUUCCAUAGAUUUAUGAUGGAUAAUAGUGUUACAAUGUCACUAUUGAUACAUUUUAAAAAAUGUUUGUUUUGAAACCGCCAUAUCCUACUUGUACCUAUAGCCCUAUAACUUGCAAAAAAAAGCACGUAAACACUGGGUAUUUUUAAACUCAGGACAACAUUUUGAAUCUAUUUUCAUUCGCUUUUGUAGAUGAGUAAAAGAUUUUCCAAGUAAAAGUCAAAAAACAUGUAUUUUUUUUUUCAAUUUUUCAUCAUAUUUUUUCAUUUUUUUUAAAUUAAAUUACAUGCGAUUAUAUAAAUAAUGGUAUGUAAAGAAAGCCCCUUUUGUCCUGAAAAAAAAUAAAAUAUAAUUUGUAUGGGAACAGUAAAUGAGAGAGCGGAAAAUUACAGCUAAACACAAACACCAGAAAAGUGUAAAAAGAGGCCUGGUCGCAAAUGUACAUCGCAAAAACAGUCCAGUCCUUAAGGGGUUAAAAGCUGCAGUAUGUAUUUACUGAUUGGCAUUGUCUUUGGUCAAUAUAUAUUAUUAAUCUAAUCAUUAAUUAUAUUAUUAGUGCCGGCAAUUUGAAGAUUGUCCUGUUUAUUUAGCAACAAGUGGUAUAAAAAAACGAUGCGAUCGAUAUCUAUCUAUAUCUAGCUGUUUGUCUUUGGAUGUCUCCCACUGUGAUGGUGAUUGGUUCCUGUUCUGGGAGCUUUAUGCUUUCAGAUGUUUUUUUGGCCUGUGCAUCUAAACAUGUGUUCUACUUUUCAGGUCUAUUCAGUUACAGCUCAAUAUUGGUGUGGAUCAGAUCAGGGUGGUCCAUAGAGACGGGAGAGUGAUAGCUCUGUCUCACCAGGAGCAAGAGCUCCAGGAUUUCCUCCUUUCUCAGGUAUCUAUUCAGAAUGUUUGGCAUUUCCUUUUUUUUAUGAACUAAAAAGAGAAAAACACAAUCCAUGAACUCUUUAGAUAAAUACAUAUAGUAGUGAUUUGUGUACCUUUUUGGAGUUGGGAUAGGCAGUCUCCUUUCUGAUAAUUACUCGAUUUUCUUGGUAUUUUUUAAUUCCAGAUGUCCCAACACCAAGUUCUUGCUGUUCAGCAGUUGGCUAAAGUCAUGGGGUGGCAUGUCCUCAGCUUCAGUAAUCAUGUCGGCCUUGGACCAGUUGAAAGCAUCGGGAAUGCAUCAUCAAUAACUGUCGCAUCUCCAAAUGGAGAUUAUGCUAUUUCAGGUUGGUUUUUUAAUAUAUUAUGCAUGUGUUCUUUAUACAUCUUAAUGUUCCUUUGAUGCGCUAGAGCUGACAUUCUGGAUUCGUUGUUUCUUUAUCCCAUGCUAAAAUUGAAAAGCUGGAUAGAUGAAGCAAGCAUUGCAUUUACAUCAUUUCUACUCUAUCUUCCCCGGAGUCUCCAGGCCUGGUUCCCAGGGUCCAUCUCUUAACUAAAAUUUUCACAACAUACCCUCUGCCCUAGAGAUAAUAACAUUCUAGCCGCUGCAUUUUCCAGUUUUGGAAUGUGUUCAUUAUUUAGACCAUGCUAAAAUUGCAACCGUUUUUGCAAUUGUAAAUUUGAAACUCCCAUUUUUGUUUUAUACAAAACAGAAGAUUCGAGAGAAACAUGCAAAAAAAUUGCAUGUAGAGAUACUUACAGAAAAUGUUAAAAUACAUUAAGGCGUGUAUACUUGGAAUAAACCCCAAAUAAUAGUGUGUGUGUGUAAAUGUAAUAAUUUAUAAUAUACUUUUCUUUGAACAUCCUGUGUCUUCAACCCCUCAGACACACCAUUUAGGGUCUGAAGCAACAGGAAUUAGAACAUAUGAAUACACAGUAAUAGUGAUGUCGCGAACCGUUCGUGGCGAACUCCGGUCAGCUGACACAUCCCUGCCAAUCUCCGGCAGACCCUCCCUCCCAGACCCUUCCACCUCCUGGACAGCAUCCAUGUUGAAGCUGCCUUUAACAUGGAUGCUGUCCAGGAAGUAGGAGGGUCUGCCGGAGAUUGGCAGGGAUGUGUCAGCUGACCGGGGUUCGCGGCGAACCAUUCGCGGCAAGUUCGCGAACGGUUCGCGACAUCACUACACAGUAACUGGAGUUUUAUUUCUUUAGCUGCAAUUGGAUUAACACAGGUCUUGAACGUGAUUUUUUUUUUUUUUGUUUUGUUUUGUUUUGUUUUAUAAACAGUUGGAGAACCACAGACUUUCUAUAAGUAUUCUAGCUUUCUUCCUUUAUAUUUAUUUUCAUGUUCUACUGUUCCAAAGUAUUAUGCCCUGGAAACAUCGUGAGAUUUCUCAACUGGCCUGAGGAAAGUGUGUCAAAACAUUUUUGCUUCUCCUGCUGUUUAAUGCAAUAGCUUAUUCUGUUUCUGCCUCCCACACCCCCAAUGUUCUGAGAAAGCAGCAUGGUUUUUGUUCUUGGCUGAUUAGUCAUGUGCUCAGUGUUGGUUUUAGAAAAGCUGUUUUGAUACUGGGUUGUAUUGGACAGCCUUGGUUCAAAGACAUUGGGACAGGAUCUGGCAAAGCCCUGCACUGUCGGGAAUAAAAUAAAGCAUUAGCAGUGAAGCACAAAGUCUCCGCAAGCCUACGAGACAUCCCGAACCCUGCCCGACAUUUCACUUCUUUUAUUAUAAAUCAUUUACUGAUUUCUACUUGUGCAGUCAAACAUACACAUACGCAUGGGGCACUGUAUGAGUGCAUUUUAUUCAUUUAAAUCAUUCAAAUGUGCAAAAAUAAAAAAGCAAAAUGAUUUCUAGUAAGUCUUCACCAGCUUCCAGAAUCUGAUACAGUAACCAUCUCUGGUCUGGGAUACCCAGCCGUAUUCCUACCUGUUCAAGAAUGGCUUAGCCUGCUUGCACAUACAAUGUAAUUCCCCAUUAAUAAUAAUGGCAGCCGUUUGACUGUUAUAUGGGACUAAACACUGCGUAUAAAUUUAAAAACCACACUAUGCUUCCUGGUGGUGUUUUAGUGCUUUUCUUCAGAUGUGAGAAACAUAGUGAUCUACGGUGUAAUGCAAAGUAGACCCCCCCACCCCCCCUCCCAUUUCUCCCUCUCUCAAAGAAAAACAUAUUGAUUCAUGGAUAGUCUUAGAAUUGUAUUCUUCUCCACAGACAGACGAUCCUUUUUAUAAGCUUUUUGGAACAUCGUUGUAGUCCUCAGUGGUAAAUAAAAUCACUUUUCCCUUAUUUGGAGACCGAAAAACCUAUUUUUUUGUGAUAUUAUUUGGGUUAAUUAAGUCCUUUCUCAUCACACCCAAUAGUGAGAUUGCCACCAUUGUGUUUAUUACUAUUCUGUCUUUUUUUUUUUAAUAUUAAAGCUUAAAGGUAUAUUGUUACUCUUAGUAAACUGCUCUGACUCCACUAUUCUGUCUGCUUGUUCUUGAAUACCGGUUUUAAACAGUAUUAUUUUUUUUUUAAACCCCGAUAAUACGCAGAUUUCUAUGACUGGUUUGGGUUUAUUGUUUUUUUUUUUUUUUUUAGAUUAUUAGUUUAAAAAUAUACACGUUUGGCCGUGCUUGUGCAAUUAUAUGAUCAUAUUGCAAUCAUCAGAAUGGUACGUUCAUUUUAUAUUUAGAUUCAGAAACAUUUGGCCAUCAAGACUUUGUUAGGGUUCCACUCCAUUACCAUAUCUGAGGUUGAUGGAAGCUUAAACCGCACAUGAUGACCAACUAUGUUCACAUUUACCGAUCUCCGUGUUUUUAUUUCAUCCCAGUACGCAAUGGUCCAGAAAGUGGCAGUAAAGUCAUGGUACAGUUUCCAAGAUGUCAGUCCAAAGAGCUUCCCAAGGGUGAUGUGUUACAAGAUAACAAAUGGAAUUAUCUCCGUGGGCCGUUCAAAGAAGUUCAGUGGAACAAGAUGGAAGGUCGGAACUUUGUAUACAAAAUGGAAUUACUAAUGGCAGCACUGACACCUUGCUAAAGAGAAUUUCAAUAUGUACAUAAAAGGACAUUUUACUUUGAUAUCUUUUGAAUGCAAGCAACAAUCGAACAUGUAGUGUUUCAUUGAAAUAAAUGUGUGGGUUUGUUUUCUACUUUUUCAUUUGUCUGCUUUGUUUUAUUAGAAUAAAGGUGUAUUAUUGAUAGUUUGUGACAUGAAAUGCAAUGUAAUUCCACGAUUUUCUUUAAACGUCUCAUUAACUUUAAGUUACAUAAGC